AUGGAUCAGGAGCACGAGCAGCAGGCGGUGGCGCCGGUGCCUGUGCCUGUGCCGGCGGCAGCAGCAGCGGCGGAGAAAGAGAAGAAGAAGAAGAAGUUCCGUCGGGUGUGCGUGUUCUGCGGGAGCAGCCCCGGGAAGCGGUCGUCGUACCAGGCGGCGGCGGUGCAGCUCGGGCAGCAGCUGGUGGAGCGCGGCAUGGACCUGGUGUACGGCGGCGGCAGCGUGGGGCUGAUGGGCCUCGUCUCCCGCGCCGUCCACGACGGCGGGGGCCACGUGCUCGGGGUGGUGCCCAAGGCGGUGCUGCCGCUGGAGCUCAUCGGGGAGACGCCCGGGGAGCUCAAGCCCGUCGCCGGGAUGCACCAGCGCAAGGCCGAGAUGGCGCGCCACUCCGACGCGUUCAUCGCGCUCCCAGGUGGGUACGGGACGCUGGAGGAGCUCCUGGAGGUGAUCGCGUGGGCGCAGCUCGGCAUCCACAGCAAGCCGGUUGGCCUCCUCAACGUGGACGGCUACUACGACCCGCUGCUCGCCUUCGUCGACAAGGCCGUCCACGAAGGAUUCGUCACCCCCGCCGAACGCAGCAUCAUCGUCGACGCGCACACGCCACACGACCUCCUCGACAAGCUCCAGGUCGACGACGACGACGACGACGACGACGACUCUUCAUUGGCGCCGGACCACAUCGCCUAG